CCAGUUCGUUCCUGAAAGACCGGUUUGGAAUUAUUUCCUGCAAUUUUAUUUUAUUUUUUUCAAAUCAAGGAGAGAAACAAAGGAGUUCUGAAUAAUCAGAAGGAGAGGUACUUGAAAGAAAUCAAUGGUGGAGGAGCUGGAGAAACCGAUGGCGGAGGAAAAGGAGGAGAAAAUACCACCGGUUGAAGAUGAUGAAGGUCCAGAGGAAGGAGAGAUCGUUGAGGAAUCUGAGGAAACCGGGUCUUCUUCUAUGGGGAAUCCGAGUAAGAGUUUGGUAACAAAGCAUCCAUUGGAGCAUUCAUGGACUUUCUGGUUUGAUAAUCCAUCUGCUAAGUCCAAACAGGUCGCUUGGGGCAGCUCCAUUCGCCCUAUUUACACCUUCUCCACUGUUGAAGAUUUCUGGGGCAUUUACAACAAUAUACACCAUCCAAGCAAGUUGGCUAUAGGAGCUGACUUCCAUUGUUUCAAAAACAAGAUAGAGCCUAAGUGGGAGGAUCCUGUUUGUGCUAAUGGAGGAAAGUGGACUGUUAACCUUCAAAGGGGUAAAUCUGACACCUCUUGGCUUUAUACGUUGCUAGCACUGAUUGGAGAACAGUUUGAUUAUGGUGAUGAAAUCUGUGGAGCUGUUGUCAAUGUCCGAGCUAGGCAGGAAAAAAUAGCUCUAUGGACUAAGAAUGCUGCAAAUGAAACUGCUCAGAUUAGCAUUGGGAAGCAAUGGAAGGAUUUUCUAGAUUACAAUGACCAAACGGGAUUCAUAUUUCAUGAGGAUGCAAAGAAGCUUGACAGAGCUGCCAAAAAUAGAUACACAGUAUAGCAGGACUUUUCAAGGAUUAGAAGGAUGCUAGGGAUUGCUUUCUGGGUGUUGCACAGGGUGCUGGGCACAUCAAACUUUUAGGAUUCACCUUUUGUUGGCAGUCUUUUAUGCCACUGCUGAGCUGUUUCUAUACAUGUUCAAGUGUAUUGCCUGUUUGUUACCAUCUCUAGAUUUGCUGAUGCACAACCUUGCAGUUAUUUGACAUCCUUAAUUCUCUAAUCACAACUUUUUGUAGUUAAUGGACUUGGUAUGCUUGUGGUUCA